AUGGGUUGGUUUUGGUCAGACAAGGUUGAUCUUGCAUCAGCAUCAAAAGUACAAACACAACCACAAACUGGAAACCCUUCUUCAUCUUCGCUACUGGCAUGUCCUAUUGACCACUCGGCAUACACCAAAAGCAACCCAUCAUCAGCAUCUGCAUCAGCAUCUGCUGCUGCUGCUGCUGCUGCUCCAACAUGCCCCGUUCUUUCAAAAGAUAACGACGAAGUUUUGAAUCCUAUGAAUAACAUGCCGAUGGCUAUUUCAAGUGAACUCGCACCUGGACAGAAGAUCAAAUUAUCUACAGAAAGAACGAUAUCAACUAUUCCACGAGGCGAAACCCCCGACCAAGGCCAAUGGGAGUACCCGUCGCCACAGCAAAUGCUUAAUGCAAUGCUAGCCAAGGGAAAAGGAGAUGGUAUCCCUGAGGAUGCGGUGGAGUCCAUGGUUGAAGUACACAAUUUCCUUAACGAGGGUGCUUGGCAACAAAUUUUGGAAUGGGAGGACAAAUACACCAAGGAUACAAAGAUUGAACCAAGGUUAAAGAAAUUCACAGGAAAGCCCCACGAUCUCUCCCCAAAAGCUCGCAUGUAUUUAUGGUUGGGCCAGUUGUUCCCGGAAACAUUUAACACCAUUCCCCCAUUUGAUAGGCAUGACUGGACCGUGUUGAGAAGUCAAGGAAGAAACCAAGGCUGGAAAGAGGUCAGAUAUGUGAUAGACUAUUAUAGUGCGCCAGAUGACGAGGAAACGGGAAUGCCUGCGUUCAUGUUGGACACCAGACCUGCGUUGGAUGGCUUUGGAAGCAUUCGCGAUAGGAUUGUCACGUUUGCCGGUCCGGUUUGGAAAAAGGCAAUGGGUGAGAUUGAUGAGUUUUAA